CCCAGCCCAGCAUGGGGGGGUGGCCGGGCGGGCUGGGGCGGGACGCUGCCUGGGGACUGGACGCGGAGCAGGGCCGGCAGCCCCAAGCCCCACCAAGUGGGAGACGGCCGCUGAGGGCUCUGAGCGUCCGUGCAGGCCGGUGGCCGGCUGCCUGCCCAUCUCUUGCACCAUGUCGGACGGCGAGGGCCCCUCGGCUGAUGACAGCGCUUCCGCGGCCAGUAGCAUGGAGGUAACAGACCGCAUCGCCUCCCUGGAGCAGCGAGUCCAAAUGCAAGAAGACGACAUCCAGCUGCUCAAAUCGGCUCUGGCCGACGUGGUCCGGCGGCUGAACAUUACGGAGGAGCAGCAGGCCGUGCUUAACAGGAAAGGACCUACCAAAGCAAGACCACUGGUGCAGACCUUGCCUUUAAGAACCGCCGUCAACAAUGGCACCGUCUUACCAAAGAAACCUAGUGGCUCCCUACCGUCCCCCUCGGGGGCCAGGAAAGAAACUGCUGUGCACGCGGCAACCAAAAGUACCAUCAAGAGGACCAGCUCUUCGGAACGAGUAUCUCCUGGUGGUCGAAGGGAAAGCUACGGAGAUUCCAAAGGAAACCGGAAUCGCACAGGCUCCACCAGCAGUUCUUCUAGUGGCAAAAAGAACAGUGAAAGCAAACCCAAGGAGCCCGUCUUCAGCGCAGCACUUCUGUCUCUGUCUCCGAAAUCCCAAGGCAAGCGCCGGGUGACACACUGCAAAGAAGAAGGCUAUGUAAAAAUGUUUCUCCGCGGACGUCCUGUUACCAUGUACAUGCCCAAAGAUCAAGUGGAUUCUUACAAUUUGGAAACAAAAGUAGAACUACCAACCAAGAGACUUAAGCUGGAAUGGGUCUAUGGGUACAGGGGUCGAGACUGCCGUAAUAACCUGUACUUGCUUCCAACGGGCGAGACGGUGUAUUUCAUCGCCUCAGUGGUCGUGUUGUACAACGUGGAGGAACAGCUUCAGAGGCAUUACGCUGGCCAUAAUGAUGAUGUGAAGUGCCUAGCAGUUCAUCCCGAUAGGAUCACGAUAGCAACGGGACAAGUCGCAGGCACAUCUAAGGAUGGAAAACAAUUGCCCCCACAUGUGCGCAUCUGGGAUUCUGUGACACUGAAUACACUGCACGUCAUCGGAAUCGGGUUCUUUGACAGAGCUGUCACCUGUAUUGCAUUCUCAAAAUCCAACGGAGGCAGCAGUCUCUGUGCUGUGGACGACUCCAACGACCAUGUGCUGUCUGUGUGGGACUGGCAGAAGGAGGAAAGACUGGCCGACGUGAAGUGUUCUAAUGAAGCUGUGUUUGCCACGGAUUUCCACCCCACUGACACCAAUAUAAUAGUUACCUGUGGAAAAUCACAUCUCUACUUCUGGACACUAGAAGGAAACUCCCUUAUUAAGAAGCAAGGAUUAUUUGAGAAGCAAGAAAAGCCAAAGUUUGUCCUCUGUGUGGCUUUUUCUGAAAAUGGUGACACCAUUACCGGAGAUUCGAGUGGCAACAUCUUGGUAUGGGGAAAAGGUACGAAUCGAAUAAGCUAUGCAGUUCAAGGGGCCCACGAGGGUGGCAUUUUUGCACUUUGUAUGUUAAGGGACGGCACGCUGGUGUCAGGAGGAGGGAAGGACCGAAAGCUCAUUUCCUGGAAUGGAAACUAUCAGAAACUUCAUAAAACUGAGAUUCCAGAACAGUUUGGUCCCAUACGGACAGUGGCUGAGGGGAAAGGUGAUGUGAUCUUGAUAGGCACAACUAGAAACUUUGUUCUACAGGGCACCCUGUCCGGGGACUUUGCCCCCAUCACUCAGGGUCACACUGAUGAGCUCUGGGGACUGGCCAUCCAUGCCUCAAAACCUCAGUUCUUGACCUGUGGGCAUGAUAGGCAUGCCACUCUCUGGGACGCUGUUGGUCACCGGCCCGUCUGGGACAAAAUAAUAGAGGAUCCAGCUCAGUCUUCUGGUUUUCAUCCUUCAGGGUCUGUGGUUGCGGUUGGAACACUGACUGGGAGGUGGUUUGUGUUUGACACGGAAACAAAAGACUUGGUCACUGUUCACACAGAUGGAAAUGAACAGCUCUCUGUAAUGCGUUACUCCCCAGACGGGAAUUUCUUAGCCAUAGGCUCCCAUGACAACUGUAUCUAUAUAUACGGAGUCAGCGACAACGGGAGGAAGUACACGAGAGUUGGCAAAUGCUCGGGUCAUUCCAGCUUCAUCACUCACCUGGACUGGUCUGUAAACUCACAAUUCCUCGUGUCAAAUUCUGGAGACUAUGAAAUCCUUUACUGGGUUCCCUCUGCUUGUAAGCAGGUCGUAAGUGUGGAAACUACGAGAGACAUUGAGUGGGCUUCAUAUACCUGCACUUUGGGAUUCCAUGUCUUUGGAGUAUGGCCAGAAGGCUCGGACGGAACCGACAUCAAUGCUGUCUGUCGGGCCCACGAGAAAAAACUCCUGUCCACCGGCGACGACUUCGGCAAAGUGCACCUCUUCUCGUACCCUUGCUCCCAGUUCCGGGCUCCCAGCCACGUAUACAGUGGGCACAGCAGUCACGUCACCAACGUGGAUUUCCUCUGUGAUGACAGCCACCUCAUCUCCACGGGCGGCAAAGACACGAGCAUCAUGCAGUGGCGGGUCAUUUAGCCCCGGCAGGAACCGUGGGAGCAGACCAGGCAUGGAAGACACAGACUCACCCACGCUCGCUCACUGUGAUUUCUGUUUUGUUUGAAAAGUUCUUACAAACCUCAGGAAAACUACUCCCUCUACCGGUUACCUUAGCGAAUCAGUGAGCGUCCCAUCGGAUCCGCGGUUCAGGUUUCUCUUUGGUUGUACAAUACAUAAAACAGUGCACAUUUAAUAUAAAAAAGAUGCCAAGGUUUACAUUAUGGUGACAUUGACAGAAGUAACUGGUAUAUCCUUUGUAACUUUUCUAUGAACUCUUCAAAAAUGGUCACAGAAUGCCUUUUAAAAUAUUGUACAUAGGCUUUACGAUUUCACCAUCUAGCUUGCUAAGUCAAAUAUUUAUGAUAAUAAUGAGGUACCGACUUGUGAUCACUGUUGAUUAAUUGUUCCUAAAAGGAUAAAUGGAUUGAGAAGAGAGUGGAUUAAUGAUUUGCACAGCUGAAUCAGGAAAUGCAAAUACAACUUUAUUUGGUUACGUUUCUAAGGUUUCAUUCAAUUCUCCCUCUGGGAGGCUGGUGAGAAAGGAGUUGUAUUCUUCUUGUGUUAAGCAGAUUCUACUCCAGAUUAACUUAAAUAUUUCAGCAGGGUAUACAGGCAUUUCAGAGCUUCAGUUAGACUGUCUGCCUAACCAGAUGCAGUCAGCCACUUAACACCUACGUGAAUUGUGUCCCCUUCUGUUCCCUGUUCCCGUGCCCUGAAGAAUGGUGGAGACAUUUAGCCACUUUUCUCUGUAUAUUAAUUGGCAUGAUAUGGUAUUGUACUUGUAUAGGAUUUUAGCAAUUCAUAAUAAAUAUGUAAGGCUAGGCUUUACUAUUUUAUGCUUAUGGACAUUGUAUAUUUGUAUUUUAAGACCAAGUAGACCAAGUCAAAAAGAGAUCUCUUAAGUGUACCAUAAACCUGCGGCGCGGAGAAGUCUGGAAGGCUCCACCAGGUAUUAAGGGCAGCUUCUUUUCCUGUCUUUUGUGCAUGGACAGCUCGUUGCGCCAUGAAAUAAGAUUGCGUUCAGAUGAGGACACCGUAGGUGGCAGACAUUUGUCAAGAAGGCCUUAUCCAUUUCAAUUGUGUGACAGAGUGAAAUUUAUUGUUUACAUUGGGGAAUGUAUCUCAGAUUUUAAAGUAGAACAGUAAUAAACAGACUUAAAACGGAAUAUUAAGAUUUUUACUUGUUCGAGGCAAGUCGAUGAAUCGAAUUAUCUGAACUCUACAGCACUGGUUGUUUAGAGGGGCUGAUUCAGCGCAAAUUUUGGAAGCAUUUUUUAUGACAUCUCCAGCCUGCUGCAGAAGUGCAGGGCACCAGAAAACGAUAUGUAUUAAAGACGAAUCUGUUUGUAUGUAUCCUUAUCAAAUAUAUUCUAUAAUGAAAUAAAAUCUGAAAAGUGGA